AUGAGUCUCCACGCCACCGCCGAUAUCAACCAGAUCGAGGCUCCAGUCACCUGGAAGGCCUACCUCCUGUGUGCCUUUGCCUCCUUUGGUGGUAUCUACUUCGGAUAUGACUCCGGAUACAUCAACGGUGUCAAUGGCAUCAGUAUGUUCAUUGAAAUGAUCGACCCUGGUCAAAAGACCCUUUCUUCCGCCCACUCGUCUCUCAUCGUUUCUAUCCUCUCCGCUGGUACCUUCUUUGGUGCUUUGAUCGCUGGUGACGUUGCUGAGAAGAUUGGUCGUAAGUGGACUGUCAUCUAUGGCUGCUGCAUCUACGCUGUUGGUAUCACCAUCCAGCUCCUCACUGGAGUUGGCGGCGAUGCCCUUGGCAUAAUUGUCGCUGGUCGUCUCAUUGCUGGAUUUGGUGUUGGUUUCGAGUCCGCCAUUGUCAUUCUCUACAUGAGUGAAAUUUGCCCCAAGGCAGUCCGAGGAGCUUUGGUCGGUUGCUACCAGUUCUGUGUUACCAUUGGUCUCAUGAUGGCCUCCUGCGUCGUCUACGGUACUGAGAACCGCACCGACACCGGAGCCUACCGUAUCCCCAUUGGUAUUCAAUACAUCUGGGCUAUUGUUCUCGGUACCGGUCUUCUCUUCCUUCCUGACUCUCCUCGUUACUUCGUCAAGAAGGGCCGUGUCGACGAUGCCAUCAAUGCUCUCUGCAGACUCCGUGGCCAGCCCCGUGACUCUGAAUACAUUGAGGCUGAAAUUGCUGAGAUCGUCGCCAACGAGGAAUACGAGCGCAGCGUCAUCCCCGAUGCUGGUUGGUUCGGAAGCUGGAAGAACUGCUUCACUGGUUCUCUCUGGGAGCAGAAGUCCAACUUGCGCCGUACCAUCCUCGGUACCUCUCUCCAGAUGAUGCAGCAGUGGACUGGUGUCAACUUCAUCUUCUACUUCUCCACCACCUUCUUGCAGUCCACCGGUGCUAUCAGCAACACCUUCUUGAUGUCGCUCAUUUUCACCCUCGUCAACGUCUUCUCCACUCCUAUCUCCUUCUACACUGUUGAGAAGUACGGUCGUCGUCCUCUCCUCAUCUUCGGUGCCCUUGGUAUGCUCAUCUGCCAGUUCGUCGUCGCCAUUAUCGGUGUCACCGCCGGUUUCAACAAGACCCACUCUGAUGGCAUGGGUGGCACUCUCGCCGACAACAUCCCUGCUGUCAACGCUCAGGUUGCCUUGAUCGCCAUCUACAUCUUCUUCUUCGCCUCCACCUGGGGCCCUGGUGCCUGGAUUCUCAUUGGCGAGAUCUUCCCUAUCCCCAUCCGUUCCCGCGGUGUUGCUUUGUCCACUGCCUCCAACUGGCUCUGGAACACCAUCAUUGCCGUCAUUACCCCUUACAUGGUUGGCACUGACCACGGUAACAUGAAGUCUUCCGUCUUCUUCGUCUGGGGUGGUCUCUGCACUGCCUGCUUGGUGUACUCCUACUUCCUCGUUCCCGAGACCAAGGGUCUCUCUCUUGAGCAGGUUGACCGAAUGAUGGAGGAGACUACCCCUCGUACUUCCUACAAGUGGCGCCCACACACCACCUUCGCUACCGAGAAGGGCAUGGUCCAUGCCGAGCACGAGGAGGUCAAGCAGCAAACUGUCUAA